UGGCAAUUUCUCAAAUGGCCAGCAAGGCAGACCUCGUGGUGUAUGGUGUCGCUCGGUACCCCAUGUGAACGAACCAACCAACACACUAUACAUACAUACAAUACUCCCUCUGCUAAUUCACCCAUCAUCAUUUUCUUCCUCCCUCCCUCUUUUACAUAAUUUAUAUAUCUUUCUUCUACUUCAUUUUCCUCACUAUUAUAUAAUAACAGACACCUAUUUUCAUUUUACUUUUUUUUUUUUAGAAAACAAAACACACAGACAGGGCAGGGAAAUUAGUAAAACACCAAUUGGCAACACAAGAGUUUAUCUUCUCUUAAAGUAUUUAAAAAGGGCUGUAGAGGCCCUUGAGAAGCCAAGCGUAGUGCCAACAUGGACUACCACACCAGCUAUUCGAUUUGGAACGGGGUAUACUACCACCCACAUCUAUUCGGUGGCAUUAUGCUAACGGCCGCAUUGCUUGGUUUUUCAACAAGUUAUUUUAGUGGUAUUUCUGGUUUCCCUGCUAUGCCAUACGUGUUACCUUAUUUGGGUAAUAUUCAGAAGAAGAAAGAAAGCAAGAGACGAAUCCGUGUUUACAUGGAUGGCUGUUUUGAUCUCAUGCAUUAUGGGCACGCGAAUGCUUUGAGACAAGCCAAGGCUUUAGGAGAUGAGUUGGUGGUUGGAAUCGUAAGCGAUGAGGAAAUUAUACGGAACAAGGGUCCUCCUGUUCUAUCUAUGGAAGAAAGGUUAUCACUCGUUAGCGGAUUGAAGUGGGUCGAUCAAGUGAUUGCUAAUGCACCGUAUGCUAUUACUGAAGACUUCAUGAACAGUCUCUUUAAUGAGCAUAAGAUCGACUAUAUCAUACAUGGGGAUGAUCCCUGCCUACUUCCUGACGGAAGUGAUGCUUAUGCUCUGGCAAAAAAAGUUGGCCGCUAUAAGCAGAUUAAACGCACGGAAGGAGUCUCAAGUACAGACAUUGUAGGAAGAAUCCUUGCGUCUAUGGAGGAUAAAGAAGUAAGUGAAGUAGAUGGAGAUUGCAACAGAAUGAAUGGAAGUCUGGAAAACCAUACAAAAUCGGAACAUGCUUCUAACUUUUUACCCACAUCAAGAAGAAUCGUGCAAUUUUCAAAUGGCAAGGGGCCUGGACCAAAUGCCCGUGUUGUUUACAUUGAUGGAGGGUUUGAUCUUUUCCAUGCUGGACAUGUUGAAAUUCUGAAGAGGGCACGACAGCUUGGAGACUUUCUACUAGUGGGAAUAUACACCGACCAAAGUGUCAGCCAACAACGAGGAAUUCAUUUCCCACUGAUGCAUCUGCACGAACGCAGUCUCAGUGUUUUAGCUUGUCGAUAUGUCGAUGAAGUCAUCAUUGGUGCUCCUUGGGAAAUCUCAAAAGACAUGAUUACAACUUUUAACAUCUCAUUGGUUGUACAUGGAACUGUCUCGGAAAGCAAUUCUUCCCUCAACGGUAUGGAAGAUCCUUAUAAGGUUCCCAAAAGCAUGGGCAUUUUCAGGACAUUAGAAAGCCCUAAAAGCAUCACCACCACUUCAGUUGCACAAAGAAUAAAAGCCAAUCAUGAAAUAUACCAGAAAAGAAACGCGAAGAAGGAAGCUAGUGAGAAGAAAUAUUAUGAAGAGAGGAAGUAUAUAUCUGGUGAUUAAUCGAUUAUUUUGUCCAUUUCUUUUAAUAUUGUUUGAAGAUGGAGAUAAUAUAUGCCGACACUAUUCUACUUAUACGCUCGAGUACUAGGACAAAUUUAGAUAUAGCCGGUAGUAUUGCUAAAGCUUUAGCUAUUGUAACAUCUCCAUGGAGAGAUUUUAGAUACCAAGAUACUAACCUAUGGAUGUAUCAUCCUGAUGUUUGUGAACAUAUGAGCACAUAGUUAAUGAAGUUUCAUCUUUCUGCUUCUGUACACAAA